UAUGAGGAUCACUGCAGUUUCUCUUUUAAAUUUUGAUUAAACUUAAGUUAGAGAUCCUAUAAUUAAUUCUCCAAGAUCUUUAGAAGCUUGUAGAAGAUAAGGAAUAAGACCUGAAUAAUUAAUAAUGAAAAGUAUACAUGAUUUGAAGAGAGAAAAUAAAAAUUUAAAUUUAGAUGAACAAGCUUGGAAAAUAUAUCUUUAACAUGAAGAAGAUAAGAGAUAAGCUAGAGUUGAGGUAUUAAUAGCAGAAAGAGAAGAGAUUAUUUAAUAAUAGAAAGAGGAGUAUUAAAAUGAAAGAUUUGAAAAAGCUGAUUUAGAAAAAGAGAGAAAGAGAAUGGAAAUGAUUAAAAAAAGAAGAGAAAAAUAAAUGUAAAAAGUAAUAGAUUAAGAAAUAUAAACUUAAGAAUUAUAAAAUCAAUUAAGAUAAAAAGAAAAGGAAUUAAAAUAGAGAUAAAUUGAAUAAAAAUAAGAAUUAGAAUAAAGGAAAAAGGAUAAAAAGAUUGAAGAAGAAUUAAGAAAAUAAUAAAUAUAAUAUUAAGAAAAUUUAAGAAAAUAAAAACAAUAUUCAGAAUAAGAUAGAUUGAAAUAAGAACUUAUUAAUAAAAUAAGUCCAUAAUAGAGAAUAGAACAAGAGAAAGAAUUAAAAAAGUAAAAGAAAAAAAGAGAUAAAUAACUUAAAAAAGCAUAAGAAGAAAGAGAAUAAAAAGAAAGGGUUCGUUAGUAAAUGCUUGAAUAAUUGUAUGAAGCUAAAUUAUUAAAAAUGGAAUAAAGAGAAGCUAGACUUAAGAUAUUAUAAGAAGAAGAAAAAGAUCUUAAAUAAUAAGCUAUUUAGGCAAAAUAAGAAGAAGCUAAUUUUAGAAGAGAUGAGAAUAAAAGAAGGGCUUAACAUUAAUUAAAUUAAGUUUAUUUAAAUUUUUAAUAAAAAUAAUUGAAUGCUGAAUAAAAAUUAAUAGCAAAAUAGAAAGAAAUCGAAUUGUUUAAUAAGGAAUAAGAAAUUAAAAGAGAAAUAUAAAAAGAAAAAAGAAAAGAAAUUUAAUAGAAGAAUUUAGUUUAAUAAGAAAAAAGAAGAGAUGAUUUGAUUUUUAAAUUUAAAGAAAUAGAAGAUAGAUUUAAAAUUAAUGAAAUGGAUAGAGAAUUAACUUUGCAUUAAAAAAGAUAACUUUAAGAUGAGAGAGAAAAUUAUAGAUAAUAAGUAAAUUAUAUUUCAAAUUUAUUAGUUAUUAUUAAAAAAUGAUUAGGAAUUAGAGAAAAAAUGUCAAAAAAUUAGUAUUUAGAGAGAAGCCAAAGAAUUAUAAGCUAUUAGAGUAUUGAAAGAAAGAGAUUAGAUGAUAAAAGAAAAACAUUUAUAAGAAUUAUUGAAAAAAUAAGAAUAAACAGAAACAUAAGAAAGAAUUAUGAGAAUUAGAGAUUAUGAAAGAGAUUAGCUUAAAAAGAAACUUGAAGAAAAAUCUCAAAGAAGAGAUUAAUUAAUUAAAGAAAAGAUGGCCUCAGAGAAAUAAAAAUAAGAAUACAAGAAAGCUUAGAUUAUCGAAAAAGAAUAACUUAAAAAAGAUUUAGAAGAAUUAUUGAAAGAACAUUAGUAAUAAGAACCUAAACCAAUAAUUGUUUAAUAGAAAAAAAGACCAGAAAGCGCUCCAUAAAAAGGUAAAAAUAUAUAAGAUUAAUAAUAAAAAAAUAAACCAAUUGUAAUGGCUCCUUAUGAUAUUAUGACAAAGGAAAAGUAAAUCUAAGAAAUAAAAAUUAAGUAAAACUAAGAAUUGCUUAAGGUAAAUAAUAAUUAGAAAUUUAUUUUAGCUUUUAGAAGAAGAAGAAAACAAAGAACUUGAAAGAUAGAAAUUAUUAAGAUAAGUUGAUGAUCCUAUUGAAAGAAUGAGACUUGAAAAAAUAUUAGAAUUUGAAAGAGCUUUAACACAAGAUAGACUUGCAUAAUUAGAUAAUAAGCAUCAAAAAGAAUUAGAAUAAUUUGAAUGA